AAAAAAAAAAAACAAUCGUAUGAACCACCGCAAAGGCUAUACUCAUAUUCUGGAUUUUAACAAUGAGAACGCAUUCCAACACCGUCAAAACACCCCCACCUCUCUUACAGACUGCCGUUUUUUUCCCAUCACCGCCUCCAAACGCCUUCUUCUCCGAUGAAAUAAGUGAAAUUGGUUAGGAACGCCGCCCUUAUCGGUUGAAUCUCCCUUGAAUUCAUACGUGAUUACUGCUAGCCUUUCGCCUCUCUCCAUUCUCACUGCAAAUUCUUACGGAUCCAAACGCGCUUAUUUCAUCAUCCGAUUUUAAGGGAGAUACCGAUACAUAUAUGAUAUAUAUCCUGUCCAUAAGUAUGCUUCUGCAUCUGUGUUCUCCAGAAAUUCUUAUCUCUGGUUCUUUGAAGGAAUCAAAACAAUGGCUUCUUUGUGAUUGAUACCGGAUGUUACACCUCAUUACAUGGAUAUGAUAACUAUUGUUUUGUUGUAUAGUUGCUCUGUGUUGCUGCUUUAUUGCCAUGCCAUCGUUAGGUUCAACUUCAAAGGCAGUAGGGCAGUUGAUUACACGCAAAAAUGGUGUCAAACAGUUAAUGAGAUGUUUACAAAACAACCCUGAAGUGGAAAAUCAUGUUCAAAAUCGGUGUUUUCGCAGCAGCAUUGGAAAUGUAGAAACAUUUCCAUCUUCCUGUCAAAUAGUUAGUAGUAUUCAUAAGGAUAAACAUACUCCCUUGUUACAAAAUAUGUCUUCUGGUAUUGUUAUUCAAAGAAGGGGAUUUCUUGGCUGUGGUGAUGGAGAUGAAGGAAGUAAUGUACUUUCAAAAGUUCACGAAGAGAAACGUAUUAUGGGGUAUUCUCCAGAGCAGCUGUUUGCAGUGGUUGCUGCUGUUGAUAUGUAUCAAGAUUUUCUUCCAUGGUGUAAGAGAUCUGAUAUAGUUCAACGUCAUUCAGACUCAGCUUUUGAUGCUGAAUUGGAGAUUGGUUUCAAAUUUCUUGUUGAAAGCUAUGUGUCUCAUGUGCAAUUGGUAAAGCCCAAAAUGAUAAAGACAACUUCAUCACAAAGCAGCCUUUUUGAUCAUUUAAUAAACAUAUGGGAGUUCAACCCGGGAACCAUUCCAGGAACAUGUGAUCUUCAUUUCUUUGUGGAUUUUAAAUUCCAAUCACCCUUAUACUCACAGAUGGCGUCCAUGUUUUUUAAAGAAGUGGUGUCUCGACUAUGCAUAACAGUUAAAAAGGUUUUUUUGGAGGUCAAUAAUGGAAAUUUGACAGUACAGGGGAAAAUUUUCUUCAUCAUCCAUGACUUUCUCUAAUUCAUUUGUUAUUUUUCAAAGGUUGGAUUUGAAGUUUGAAGUUGUCUUCUACUUUGUCCUCAAAAGCUGUAGCUGUAAUCUAUUUUGGUCAUUUUGGCCUUUCAGCAUAUGUAGACGCUUACUUAUUGCACCCUACCUUAUAAUCAUAUUACAAGUUACCAAAAUACAAUGAUAAUGGUUAGUGUGUGAUAUAAUCCAAUUGAACUUGUAAACAUUUAGAAUAAAAUAUUCU